UCCGGUUGGCUUUGCUUCCCUCUGUGCUGCUUUGAGGUGCUAGAGAAAGCCAUCAUGGCUGAUCUGGUGGAGAACGUGUCUCUUCCCCUCAGCCAGGAGUCUUUCGAGGACCUGUGGAAAAUGAAUUUGAACCUGAUGUAAGAAACUGUGCAGUAUGACAAUGGAAUUAAUCAGAUACUGAAAUGUUAUGUUUCCUCCUCCUAGUGUUUCUGCCUCUUAAGUUUUGUCUCCAUCCUCAGGGUUAUGACCAUCUGUGAUGUGUAGACAUAAGCUAGGCAGCGGUUGCUAUCACCAUCAGCUCCAAAGUUUUGACAUUCUCAACGUUUGUAAUAUGGCAUGAUCAAUGCCUGCAUUUGGUUGUUUUCUAAGUUUAAAGUCUCUCUCUCUCUCUCUCUCAUAUAUAUAUCAGGGAAGUUCAACCACCUGUAACCGAGGCUUGGGUGGAAUAUGAUAAUGUACGUUUCACUGCAGCAAGUAAUUUUUCCUCAUAUGUGCAUGUUAUUUCUGUGUAAUAUUUAGUGAGUUAUUUUUAUGUUGUCAAAUGUUUAAUGUUGUCUCAAGUUACAAUUGGGUUGUUGCCGGAAACAAAUGUUGGUCUCCCCAUUGCAGUGCACUAUUUACCUAACCUUUGUAGGAAACUCUUGCUCUGAUACCAUUCGUUGUAUUAAGAAAAACAUAUUUCUCUUACAUGCAGUUCAUGAUGGAGGCCCCUCUCCAGGGGGAGUUUGAUCAGAGUCUGUUUGAGGUGUCUGCACCCCAGCCCUCCAUCUCUACCCUGGACACUGGCUCUCCACCUACCUCCACCGUACCAACCACGUCUGACUACCCCGGGGCCCUGGGGUUCCAGCUACGUUUCCUCCAGUCCAGCACAGCCAAGUCCGUCACUUGCACAGUGAGUCUAAGGGAUUUGACACACUCAUGCACAAGCAAACACACACCUAUGUAAUUAGGGCCUUUUCCAAUUUCAGGUAAAAAAAUAAAAAUGGUAUAUGCCAUUUAGCAGACGCUUUUAUCCAAAGCGACUUACAGUCAUGCGUGCAUACAUUUUUGUGUAUGGGUGGUCCCGGGGAUCGAACCCACUACCUUGGCGUUACAAGCGCCGUGCUCUACCAGCUGAGCUACAGAGGACCACUCACAAUCACACUUUUUCAUAGAAAACAACAUUGGUCCACAACAAUGCUGAAACCACAUCAGGAGACCACUUUUGAUGUUUGGGAAAAAUAUUCUGUACUGCAUGUAUGUGGCAAAACAAAUGCCCACCUGAUUGAUAGGCAAUUCAUCAUGAUGUCAUUCUGCCAAGUAGGCCUACUUUGCAGUCAAUAUUUAAUUGGAACGUUUUUUUGGGAAAGCCUUUAGUUUCGGCAUUCUAACUGGUUACACAACACAAACAAGCGCAUUCCCUAGCCAUUACUUCUUCAGAAAGUUACAGGAAAUGAGAAUCACUGAUGCAUUAUUUUCAUGAGUUAUGAGAAACUAGUGCAGUUUAACUACUUUUCUAGGUCAAUACAUCUAACAAACUUUCUACUAAGUUCAAUACAUUUUUUAUAUUGUUUAAUUCCGUUUUAAUAUCAGAUUCCGUCCGCGUUUUCCGCAUCGCAGAUUUUAUAGGGCCCUAUGUAUACCACCCAUGAUGGCUGCUCAAUUAAACUCUUAUUCAUCAUUUAAAGUAGCCUAUGUGUAAAUAAAGUUUUUAAUCUAAAUUGCCAUAAUAUUUUCUAUAGCGUAUCAAUCACAUUAACUAUAGUUUUAAUGAAAUAUGAUUUUAUUUAAUGUAUGAUUUCUUAUAACUCUUAGUGGUGGGCAAUUCCACAGUAACAGAAUGAUGCUGUGACUCAGAUUUUUCACAAAGUAUGCCAAUGAAAAACCAUUGAUUGCAAAGUGAAACUAUGCACAAUCACUACUUUUAACAAUGUCCACUGACAUUUACAAAAAUCACAUUUACUCGAAGAACAGUGCAGAUGUAAAGUUUGGUAACAGAAUGGCGGCAAAAUCUCCCUCAGUUUGUGACCACGUUUUCCAAAAACUCAGUUAAGGGAUAGUGCGGGAUUUGAGCAAUUAAGCCCUUUAUCUACUUCCCCAGAGUCUGAUGAACUCAUGGAUGCCAUUUGUAUAUCUCUGCGUAUUGUAUGAGGUAGUUUCACGAGUCAAUGCUAACUAGCGUUAUCGCAGACAUAAAAUCUGACUCUGGGGAAGUUGCCAAAAUCCCAAACUAUCCUUUUUAAGAUUCAAAGAUGUCUGCAGAAAGAAUAGUGUGGGCUAUGAUAUAACACCUUGAGUUUGAAAAAAUCCAUUUUGGUUAUUGAAUUACAGUAAGUGAACUGGAUUAAUAACUGGUAACAAAAUGAUGGUAACAGAAUAACAUUAUGGGUCCAUGAUCUGUACUAUACAGAAAUCCAUAAUUAUGAAUGUCGUUCUCUUCAUGGUGAUGUAUCCUGAAUAUGUACACAAAGGUAGAAAAAUGUAAUAUCCUCCUUUGCAUGUUUGGGUAUUAUUCUACUACACACUGGAUAUUAUUCUAAUGAGCUCCGCCCCCAAACAAGACCAAAUUUGGUUGGACCAGACCAAAUCUGUACCAAUCGUAGACGUCUAUGUUUCACAAGGUUGGACAUCAGAGUACAGCAGAGUAGAGUUCAGUACAGAGUAAAGUUCAGUAAAGUACUCUAGUGUGCUCUACUGAACUGUACUAAACUGUACUGUAUUGUACUGACCUAUAAUCUACUGUGCUGUCCAAACGUCUAUGAUUGGUUCAGAUUUGGACUGAUAAAAUGUUAACUUAUUUUCAACGUCCAUGGACGUCAGUGCUCAGUGGGUGAGAGGGCUGAUACAGUAAAUGGAAAGAAAGGGGGCUCAUGGGUAGGUGUCAGUAUGAGCUGGGAGAGGUAACAUUAACUGGAGAUAGAGCGAGGGAGGGGUUGUCCAGAAUCCUUUUGGACCAUUUGACCACCACAUAACAGAAAGAGAAAGAAAACUGUUAUGAGUUGAACAUAACAGUCUGACAGUGGAAGGCAGGACAGUAGCAGGUGACCCAACUGUGGUUUGUGACUACUAUGAAUUCCCAAUUUUUCGGAGGGUCAUUCGUUACCCAUUUGGUAACAGAAUGACGCAUUUUCUAGUUACUUAAUAAAUCAUAAACCAAAUUAUCAGUAGAAACAAUAACUAAUUGGUAGGUCUACCUUUGUAUGUGUUACUUCUGUGAACUUCCAUUAUCCUCCCUCAUGAGGGAGAGAUUUGGAAAAUAUCUUGAAGAUAUGUGGGUUUUUGGUAACAGAAUGACGCAUUUUCUAGUUACUUAAUAAAUCAUAAACCAAAUUAUCAGUAGAAACAAUAACUAAUUGGUAGGUCUACCUUUGUAUGUGUUACUUCUGUGAACUUCCAUUAUCCUCCCUCAUGAGGGAGAGAUUUGAAAAUAUCUUGAAGAUAUGUGGGUUUUUGGUAACAGAAUGACAAGACACUAGGCAAUAUUUCUUAAACUUACAGAAGGCAAAUCAUUUAUAUUAGUUGGUACGGGUCUUUACUUCAACAUUAUUGUGUUCUGAUGUAUUUCUAAAACUCAUUUUCCAUCUGUUUGACCAGAAAUCAAAGCCUUUGCAUGCUUAUUCCAAAUUCUUACGAUGGGAAAUGGUUGAGAAAUGUAUAUAUGUAUAGACUCUUAGUUUUCAUUUGACACCAAAUUUGAUGUGCCCUUAUGAACUUCACGUUAAUGCUUAUGGGGCAUUUUACAUGGAAAUGCUCUGGUAUAGCACCAUAGUUUUUGUCAUUUUGAAUUGGUCAUUUUGAAUAUAACUAACAUUCCAUUCAACAUUGGUCACCAAGGUAGGCCUUUUCUUUUUUAAAUCGUCCUAGAUUCUAUUAAUAUGUUCGCAGACGAGUAUAUAGUCAAACGCAUCCAAUUAAGCAUCCUUUGAAUGGACAUAGUCAAUUACCUGGGCCACUGCAGAAAGUUAAAUAAGAUCCCGUCCAGUCCUCCUUUGUCUGUGCGGUGUAGCAGAAGGUUGCAAAGAGAGAGGGAACCUUGCCACACAAGAACAUGGCAGGGGAGGAUCAACCUAUUCUGUUGUCAUUGCAAAAUCAAUUGCUAGAUUUCACCCGAAUCUUUGAACAACUUGGCCCAUCAACAUGUUAGACAAGUCUCAUGGUGGCCCUUCUAUAGCUUGUCGAUUUUUAAGACAACUGAUUCACAAAGCAUUGUCCUAAGACAUGACGGGACAUGUCGUUGGUUUGUUUGUGAUUUCAACAAAUCUCUUCCAGUAAGGAUGGUGUUAACUAACAUGGCAUCUCCCCGCCCUGCGUCCUCCGCUUAGUUCGACUGCCGGUCAGUCGAACUUUCUCUUUUUACGCUCUUAUUCUUAAUUAUUAUCACCUUGAUAGCGUCUGUUUAUCACCUAUGUUUCAUUCAUGUUUUUGGGGAUGUGAUCGUGGUUUUCACACAUGUUAAUGUUGUGGUAUACACUGUCAUGACGUGCCCUCAUGGGUUGAGGAUCAAACAUGCCGACUAGGCAAAGGUUUGAACACCCCCUUUCCUGGGGACCAGUUUUAUGACCGGUCAUAAAUACCGUGCAGACUUUCUCUUCCUUGCCAUAAAGUAUUGGGAGAAAGGACCCCUUUGUUAACAAAGGAAGUCUUCCUGCCAAGACUCCAACAUCCAAAAGUGGAUAAUGAAACAAUAUUCCUAUUUAAAAGAAUGUGGGAAAUGGUUGGUGGGGACUUAAUUUCUACCAGACCAGGAAGCCCACGGCUUAAAAUGGUUGACACUCUACAAGACCAGCAGACGUGAAGCGUGAGCUAAAUGUUACAAAAUGGUUUAAAACUACAACUGUGUGUUUGUAUUGUGUUAUUAUUUAGUUAGUUAGUAAAUAAAUAAUUAAGCCAAUUUUGUGUAUUGCUGAUUCAUCAAUAAGGGUAGGGUUCUUGCAGGUUCAAGGAUUAUGCAACGUUCAGAAUGAGACUGAUAAGAGGUAAUUAUUUGAUAAGCGACUUAUCUAUAUAUAUAUGUAUGUGUGUGUGUAUAUAUAUAUAUAUAUAUAUAUAUAUAUAUAUAUAUACAUAUAUAUACACACAUACAGUGGGGAGAACAAGUAUUUGAUACACUGCCGAUUUUGCAUGUUUUCCUACUUAGACCUCUACAUGCUUUGUGUAAUUUUUUAUCAUAGGUACACUUCAACUGUGAGAGACGGAUUCUAAAACAAAAAUCCAGAAAAUCACAUUGUAUGAUUUUUAAGUAAUUAAUUUGCAUUUUAUUGCAUGACAUAAGUAUUUGAUACAUCAGAAAAGCAGAACUUAAUAUUUGGUACAGAAACCUUUGUUUGCAAUUACAGAGAUCAUACGUUUCCUGUAGGUCUUGACCAGGUUUGCACACACUGCAGCAGGGAUUUUGGCCUUCUCCAGAUCCUUCAGGUUUCGUGGCUGUUGCUGGGCAAUACGGACUUUCAGCUCCCUCCAAAGAUUUUCUAUUGGGUUCAGGUCUGGAGACUGGCUAGGCCACUCCAGGACCUUGAGAUGCUUCUUACGGAGCCACUCCUUAGUUGCCCUGGCUGUGUGUUUCGGGUCGUUGUCAUGCUGGAAGACCCAGCCACGACCCAUCUUCAAUGCUCUUACUGAGGGAAGGAGGUUGUUGGCCAAGAUCUCGCGAUACAUGGCCCCAUCCAUCCUCCCCUCAAUACGGUGCAGUCGUCCUGUCCCCUUUGCAGAAAAGCAUCCCCAAAGAAUGAUGUUUCCACCUCCAUGCUUCACGGUUAGGAUGGUGUUCUUGGGGUUUUACUCAUCCUGCUUCUUCCUCCAAACACGGCGAGUGGAGUUUAGACCAAAAAGCUCUAUUUUUGUCUCAUCAGACCACAUGACCUUCUCCCAUUCCUCCUCUGGAUCAUCCAGAUGGUCAUUGGCAAACUUCAGACGGGCCUGGACAUGCGCUGGCUUGAGCAGGGGGACCUUGCGUGCGCUGCAGUAUUUUAAUCCAUGACGGCAUAGUGUGUUACUAAUGGUUUUCUUUGAGACUGUGGUCCCAGCUCUCUUCAGGUCAUUGACCAGGUCCUGCCGUGUAGUUCUGGGCUGAUCCCUCACCUUCCUCAUGAUCAUUGAUGCCCCACGAGGUGAGAUCUUGCAUGGAGCCCCAGACCGAGGGUGAUUGACCGUCAUCUUGAACUUCUUCCAUUUUCUAAUAAUUGCGCCAACAGUUGUUGCCUUCUCACCAACCUGCAUGCCUAUUGUCCUGUAGCCCAUCCCAGCCUUGUGCAGGUCUACAAUUUUAUCCCUGAUGUCCUUACACAGCUCUCUGGUCUUGGCCAUUGUGGAGAGGUUGGAGUCUGUUUGAGUGUGUGGACAGGUGUCUUUUAUACAGGUAACGAGGUCAAACAGGUGCAGUUAAUAAAGGUAAUGAGUGGAGAACAGGAGGGCUUCUUAAAGAAAAACUAACAGGUCUCUGAGAGCCGGAAUUCUUACUGGUUGGUAGGUGAUCAAAUACUUAUGUCAUGCAAUAAAAUGCAAAUUAAUUACUUAAAUCAUACAAUGUGAUUUUCUGGAUUUUUGUUUUAGAUUCCGUCUCUCACAGUUGAAGUGUACCUAUGAUAAAAAUUACAGACCUCUACAUGCUUUGUAAGUAGGAAAACCUGCAAAAUCGGCAGUGUAUCAAAUACUUGUUCUCCCCACUGUACGUACAUACAUACAUACAUGCAUGCAUACAGCUCUGGAAAAAAUUAAGAGACCACUGCAAAUUUUUCUUAAAUUAGCAUCUCUACAUGUAUGACAGCCAUUCCAUUCCAGUGUCUGUUGAAUUCAAACACAGGCACACCUCAUUCUACUGAAUUAGGUACUGAUUAGGUGAUCACAUGAACCAAAUCUUAUUUAACGAGAAAGUAUAAAAAACCACUGCUGUGGUCAUCACUAUCCUCUUGCAAUAGGACCAGCUGGAUCGCAAAAACAGUGCUAAUAGUACCUCAAAAGUAAUAUUAAUCAAAAAAUAACUAUUGACCAUGUCAAAAGAGUUCAAAGGGAAAGUUUUGAGUGAGGAAAAGAAGGGUUCAAUUCUGGCUUUACUGGCAGAGGGAUACAGUGAGCGUCGGGUUGCUUCCAUCCUUAAAAUUUCAAAGACGGCGGUUCACAAGAACAAGGUCAAGCAGCAGACAUUGGGGACAACAAAGCUACAGACCGGCAGAGGGCGAAAACGACUCUACUGACCGGGAUGACCGCCAACUCAUUCGAAUGUCACUCAACAACCGUAGGAUGACAUCAAGUGACCUACAAAAAGAAUGGCAAACGGCAGCUGGGGUGAAGUGCACGGCGAGGACGGUUCGAAACAGGCUCCUAGGGGCAGGGCUGAAGUUGUGCAAAGCUAGAAAAAAGCCCUUCAUCAAUGAGAAGCAAAGAAGAGCCAGGCUGAGGUUUGCAAAAGACCAUAAGGAUUGGACCAUAGAGGACUGGAGUAAGGUCAUCUUCUCUGAUGAGUCAAAUUUUCAGCUUUGCCCAACACCUGGUCAUCUAAUGGUUAGACGGGGACCUAGAGAGGCCUACAAGCCACAGUGUCUCGCAUCCACUGUGAAAUUUGGUGGAGGAUCGGUGAUGAUCUGGGGGUGCUGGAUGGAUGGUCACAAGCCAUCAAACAAAACCGAUCUGCUUGAAUUUUUGCGCCAGGAGUGGCAUAAAGUCACCCAACAUCAAUGUGAAAGACUGGUGGAGAGCAUGCCAAGACGCAUGAAAGCUGUGAUUGAAAAUUAGGGUUAUUCCACCAAAUAUUGAUUUCUAAACUCUUCCUAAGUUAAAACAUUACUAUUGUGUUGUUUAAAAAUGAACAUGAACUUAUUUUCUUUGCAUUAUUCGAGGUCUGAAAACACUGCAUCUUUUUUGUUAUUUUGACCAGUUGUCAUUUUCUGCAAAUAAAUGCUCUAAAUUACAAUAUUUUUAUUUGGGAGAAAUGUUGUCAGUAGUUUAUAGAAUAAAACAAAAAUGUUAUUUUUACCCAAACACAUACCUAUAAAUGGGGCGGCAGGUAGCUUAGUGGUUAAGAGCGUUGUGCCAGUAAUCGAAAGGUCGCUGGUUCUAAUCCCCGAGCCGACUAGGUGAAAAAUCUGUUGAUGUGCCCUUGAGUAAGGCACUUAACCCUAAUUGCUCAUGUAAGUCGCUCUGGAUAAGAGCGUCAGCUAAAUGACUAAAAUGUAAAUGUAAAUAAAUAGUAAAACUAGAGAAACUGAUCAUUUUGCAGUGGUCUCUUAAUUUUUUCUGCAGCUGUGUGUAUAUAUAUGUACGUGUGUGUGUGUAUAUAUAUAUAUAUAUAUAUAUAUAUAUAUAUAUAUAUAUAUAUAUAUAUAUAUAUAGAUAGAUAGAUAGAUAGAUAGAUAGAUAGAUAGAUAGAUAGAUGAGUUUAAUUCGGGAGAUGGUAACUCCUUAAACAACUUAUUCCGUGGUGCCCCAAAUUCCUAAUGAGUUAAUUGUUACAUGAUUAAUUUAAUCGAGUGACAAUUAAACACAGUUAGCUGAUUCAAUAAAUAACAGUCAUACGUUAAAGUACGUCACGACAACACAUGAGAGGUGUGGGCUUGAUAUGACAAUGGAGCUAAUAUCUCAUAUUGAUCUUAAUGUGUCUUUUAUAAUAGUAACUUACCUACUGGUGUUGGAAGUAACACAUACUUAGCAUAUAGAUUAUAUACUGAACAAAAAUCUAAACGCAACAGUUUAAAAGAUUUUCUUGAGUUACAAGGAAAUCAGUCAAUUGAAAUAAGUUCAUUAGGCCCUAAUCUAUGGAUUUCACAUGACUGGGAAUACAGAUAUGCAUCUGUUGGUCACAGAUGCCUUCAAAAAAAUAAGUAGCGGCAUGGAUCAGAAAACCAGUCAGUAUCUGGUGUGACCACCAUUCGCCUCAUGCAGCGCGACACAUCUCCUUCGAAAGGAAAGGGGGAUACCUAGUUAGUUGUUACAACUGAAUGCAUUCAACUGAAAUGUGUCUUCCGCAUUUAAUCCAACCCCUCUGAAUCAGAGAGGUGUGAAGGGUUUCCUUAAUCGACAGCCACGUCUUCGGCGCGAGUUGCUCAGGUUGUUGAUUGUGGCCUGUGGAAUGUUGUCCCACUCCUCGUCAAUGGCUGUGCGAAGUUGCUGGAUAUUGGCGGGAACUGGAACACGCUGCCGUACACGUCAAUCCAGAGCAUCCCAAACAUACUCAAUGGGUGACAUGUCUGGUGAGUAUGCAGACCAUGGGAGUAUGCAGAACAUUUUCAGCUUCCAGGAAUUGUGUGCAGAUCCUUGCAACAUGGGGCUGUGCAUCAUCAUGCUGAAACAUGAGGAGAUGGCAGCGUAUGAAUGGCACGACAAUGGGCCUCAGUAUCCCGUCACGGUAUCUCUGUGCAUUCAAAUUGCCAUCGAUAAAAUGCAAUUGUGUUCGUUGUCCGUAGCUUCUGCCUGCCCAUAUCAUAACCCACUGCCACCAUGGGGCAAUCUAUUCACAACAUUGACAUCAGCAUACCGCUUGCCCACACAACGCCAUAAACAUGGUCUGCGUUUGUGAGCCCGGUUGGACGUACUGACAAAUUCUCAAACAACAUUGGUAGAGAAAUUAAUAUUCAAUUCUCUGGCAACAGCUCUGGUGGAUUUUCCUGCUGCCAGCAUGCCAAUUGCACACUUCCUCAACUUGGGACAUCUGUAGCGUUGUGUGACACAUCUGCACAUUUUAGAGUGGCCUUCUUUUGUCCCCAGCACAAGGUGCACCUGUGUAAUGAUCAUGCUGUUUAAUCAGCUUCUUAAUAUGCCACACCUGCCAGGUGGAUGGAUUAUAUUGGCAAAGGAGUAAUUACUAAUUUGUGCACAACAUUUAGAGAGAAAUAAGCUUUUUGUGCAUAUGGAAAACGUCUGGGAUCUUUUAUUUCAGCUCAUAAAACAUGGGACCAACACUUUACAUGUUCCGUUUACAUUUUUGAGGAAAUGAAGUUUCAUUUGAAAUGGGCACAAUAGCAUAAACAUCUUCCACUUGCAACAAUGUUACUUGGAGCAAAUGCAACAAUGUCUCUGAUGUUGGUAUCAAACUUGUACAAUGUAGCUCAUUGUAGGCAGGCAUUGUAAAUGUGAUGGGCGCUAUAUCAUUUACUUUAUAAUGGUACAUUUGCAAUAAUGUCGCUGCUAUACACCUUUAAUAUUAAUAACACCUAACAUAGUAUUAUAUUUACUACAGCACAUUCACUGGAAUGUUUAAUAAAGCAUAAUAAGCAUGAGUCUUUUAUAAAGGUUGAAAUGGCAAUGGUACAUUUAGCCUGUGAGGACAUGUCAUGACUUGCCUCAGAGCAGGGUUGGGGGAGGGGUUUCAGUCCUGGCCAUAUGAACUGGGGGAGCAGCAUAAUCUCUGUACAGAAUAUUUAAACCUGGACUCAUUCAUAAUCUGGAGAGUAUAUCAGGAGAGGAAUGAUGUUAAAAUGUGUUUAUUUGGAGGACGCUGGGCUGUCACAGCAGCCUUGAGUUUCAGUACAGUUGAUAAGAAUCAAGAGGACUCUGCUUUAUACAGAAGGUAAGAGAUUCCUCUUUUGUCCAAACUUCUUGUAAUGGUCAAAUGUCCUUCUCAUGUCACUAAUUAGAUCUGAACUAAUCAUGUGCUUUGAAAUAACUACAUUUUCUACUGUCCAAUACUUCAAAGGGGACAUGGAAAGGUUCAGGGCAGAGUCAAACAAGAACAAUGGGGAUCAGAUUUACUUUAUGAAUUUUGGACAUGUAUACAUCCUAAUUUUGACUCAUUUUGUGAGUUAAAUCAAACUAUCAAAAAAUAGAAGUGAUAGGUUCGGGUACAGUGACCAAAUUAAUAUGGUGAAGUUUGUAUUUCGUUGCCAUAAUAUCUAUCACACCGGUACUAGAACAAUGCUGACAGUCUUUGUUUAAUCUAAGUAUGGUUUUUGAUUUUAACAAACCCCUUCUCGCUCUUCUUCUCCAGUAUUCUCCAGACCUGAACAAGUUGUUCUGCCAGUUGGCAAAGACUUGUCCAGUUCAGAUUGUGGUGGACCACCCCCCUCCUCCGGGGGCAGUGGUACGAGCCCUGGCCGUCUAUAAGAAGUUGAGCGACGUGGCUGACGUGGUGAGACGCUGUCCUCACCACCAGAGCACCAGCGAGAACAAUGAAGGUACACAACACAGCGGGAAGGCUACUCUUACCCAAACUACAACGUGUUAGAAAGAUCUAGAAUGUUCUACUGUGUGCUCUUAGAUGCAGUAUAGAGGGUCCACACUAUAAAAGGAGUUUGAGUUCUUUUAUACUCAUUCAUUCAAGAGGCAACAAGUGUAACGCAAAUGUUUCGGCUGGUAGGCUAUCCUCAGUGUCACUUAAUACUCAUAAGUGUUUUCUGUGCCUUAGGUCCUGCCCCACGAGGUCACCUGGUCAGAGUUGAGGGGAACCAGCGAGCAGAGUAUAUGGAGGAUGGUAACACUCUGAGACAGAGCGUGCUCGUCCCCUAUGAGCCGCCUCAGGUAGGUCCCAUACUCUACUGUUGUGUGUGUUAGGGCUGACCCCAUUUAGUCUACUGGACGAUUGUUUGGGCUAUAGGCUGUUGGUCAGAGAUUUCUUUAGUCGAGCAGUUGCAAAUGUGAUUUCUUUUUUCAUGGUGCACAAGACACCCGUCUGAUUUGCACCUGUCUCUGUGGACUAAUCCAUUGCGGAGGCCACAGGGAUGGCACAGUCCAUCACGCAGACAGGGGUGUCACUCAUUCAAUGGAGGGCCUAGUGUCUGCAGGUUUUUGGUUUUUCCUUUCAAUUAAGCCCUAGGCAACCAGGUGUGGGUAGUUCCUUACUAAUUAGUGACCCUAAUUCAUGAAUCAAGGGAGGAGCGAAAACCUGCAGACACUCGACCCUCUGUGGAAUGAGUUUGACACCUGUGCUCUAAGACAUGUGCUACUGAAAUUGUAAAUGAUUCUAUUAUUUAAGAAUAAUGGUGGUUCACUAAUAAAUAUAAUAUUAUUUUAUGACAAAUGCGCUUUCUACCGUGAUGGAUAGUGGUCGUUGUCUGCGGUUCUGGAACUUAAUCUUCAGUGCGCCGUUGAAUUAGUAGCCUACUGUUUCCAUGAGCACCAAGCCUCACGCAACCACAAAAUGUUGGAUAAACCAAUUUCACAAAUUCGGCUGUUUUGGAUCUUUGCUAUGCUGUAAUAAAGCCUUUACAAAUGUUUCGUUAGAACAGACUUUCUGGUACAUUUGGUGUUUACACUUUUCCAAACGGGCAGAAAAAUAAUAUUGUUAUCUAACAGCACCUGUUUGUCACACAUAAUAUGCACGCAGCUCUCGCUCUUAUUAUUAUUAUUAUUAUCAUCAUUAUAAUUAUAAGUAAUGUCAUUAUCAUUAGUAAGCUUCUUAUAGUAAUAGCUUUGUAUAACUACCAUCGGCUGAAGAGCACAUUUUAGUUUUAAAAUGAAAUAACAAAGUGAGCUUUGGAUAAUUAGCCUAAACAAUAAAUAAACUGCAAUUCACGAAUGCGUGCAACUGUUUUUAGUCUUUGCUGUAAUAAAGUGUAUAAUAUAUAUAUAUAUAUAUAUAUAUAUAUAUAUAUAUAUACACACACACACACUACCAGUCAAAAGUUUGGACACACCUACUCAUUCAAGGGUUUUUCUUUAUUUUUACUAUUUUUUACAUUGUAGAAUAAUAGUGAAGAAAUCAAAACUAUGAAAUAACACAUAUAGAAUCAUGUAGUAACUAAAAAGUGUUAAAUAAAUCAAAAUAUAUUUUAUAUUUGAGAUUCUUCAAAUAGCCACCCUUUGCCUUGAUGACAGCUUUGCACACUCUUGGCAUUCUCUCAACCAGCUUCAUGAGGUAGUCACCUGGAAUGCAUUUCAAUUAACAGGUGUUACUUCUUAAGUUAAUUUGUGGAAUUUCUUUCCUUAAUGCGUUUGAGCCAAUCAGUUGUGUUGUGACCAGGUAGGGGGGAUAUACAGAAGAUAGUCCCUGUUUGGUAAAAGACCAUAUUAUGGCAAGAACAGCUCAAAUAAGCAAAGAGAAAUGACAGUCCAUCAUUACUUUAAGACAUGAAGGUCAGUCAAUACGGAACAUUUCAAGAACUUUGAAAGUUUCUUCAAGUGCAGUCGCAAAAACCAUCAAGCGCUAUGAUGAAACUGGCUUUCAUGAGGACAGGAAUGGAAGACCCAGAGUUACCUCUGCUGUAGAGGAUAAGUUCAUUAGUUACCAGCCUCAGAAAAUGCAGCCCAAAUAAAUUAUUCACAGACACAUCUCAACAUCAACUGUUCAUAGGGGACUGUGAAUCAGGCCUUCAUGGUCGAAUUGCUGCAAAAAAACCACUUCUAAAGGACACCAAUAAUAAGAAGAGACCUGCUUGGGCCAAGAAACACGAGCAAUGGACAUUAGACUGGUGGAAGUUUGUCCUUUGGUCUGGAGUCCAAAUUUGAGAUAUUUGGUUCCUACCGACGUGUCUUUGUGAGACGCGAUGUGGGUGAAAGGAUGAUCUCUGCACAUGUAGUUAGGGCGGCAGGUAGCUUAGUGGGUAAGAGCGUUGUGCCAGUAACCGAAAGGUCGCUGGUUCUAAUCCCCGAGCCGACUAGGUGAAAAAUCUGUCUGUGCCCUUGAGCAAGGCACUUAACCCUAAUUGCUCCUGUAAGUCGCUCUGGAUAAGAGCGUCUGCUAAAUGACUAAAAAUGUAAAAAUGUAAAUGUAGUUCCCACCGUAAAGCAUUGAGGAGGAGGUGUUAUGGUGACACUGUCUGAUUUUAAUUAAAAUUCAAGGCACACUUAACCUGCAUGGCUACCACAGCAUUCUGCAGCGAAACGCCAUCCCGAUACUCAACUAGUCUCAAGAAGGCCAGUUUUAUUGCUUCUUUAAUCAGCACAACAGUUUUCAGCUGUGCCAACAUAAUUGCAAAAGGGUUUUCUAGUGAUCAAUUUGCCUUUUAAAAUGAUAAACUUAGAUUAGCAAACACAACGUGCCAUUGGAACAAAGGACUGAUGGUUGCUGAUAAUGGGCCUCUGUACGCCUAUGUAGAUAUUCCAUUAAAAAUCUGCCAUUUCCAGCUACAAUAGCCAUUUACAACAUUAACAAUAUCUACACUGUAUUUCUGAUCAAUUUGAUGUUAGCUUUUCUUUAGAAAACAAGGACAUUUCUAAGUGACCCCAAACUUUUGAACGGUAGUGUCUAAUUCGGGAGAUGGUAACUCGUUAAACAACUUCUUCCGUGGUGCCCCAAAUUCCUAAUGAGUUAAUUGUUACAUGAUUAAUUUAAUAGAGUGACAAUUAACACAGUUGAUUCGAUAAAUAACAGUCGCCGUAUUAAUAAAAAGUCAGGUUACGACAGCAUGAUGAUGCCGCCACCACCAUGCUUCACCGUAGGGAUGGUGCCAGGUUUCCUUCAGAUGUGACGCUUGGCAUUCAGUCCAAAGACUUAAAUCUGGGUUUCAUCAGACCAGACAAUCUUGUUUCUUAUGGUCCGAGAGUCCUUUAGGUGCCUUUUGGCAAACUCCAACCAGGCUGUCAUGUGCCUUUUUACUUAGGAGUGGCUUCCGUCUGGCCACUUUACCAUAAAAGCCUGAUUGGUGGAGUGCUGCAGAGAUGGUUGUCAUUCUGGAAGGUUUCUCCCAUCUCCACAGAGGAACUCUGGAGCUCUGUCAGAGUGACCAUUGUCAUUAUGUGGUGUUGUGUGUAGAUUGAGGAGGAAAAAUAUUUAUGUAAUCCAUUUUAGAAUAAGGCUGUAACGUAACAAAAUGUGGAAAAAGUAAAGGGGUCUGAAUACACUAUAUGUACAAAAGUAUGUGGACACCCCUUCAAAUUAGUGGAUUCUGCUAUUUCAGCCACACCCGUUGCUGACAGGUGUAUAACCUUCGAGCACACAUUCUAGUAGCCUAGUCAAAGUCCAGACCAAAUCACAAUUCAGAUGUUGUGGCAGGACUUGAAACGAGCAGUUCAUGCUUGCAAACCCACAUGUCGCUGAGUUAAAGCAGUUCUGCAUGGAAGAGUGCGCCAAAAUUCCUCCACAGCGACGUGAGAGACUGAUUAACAACUGUUAACCAAGUGUAUGGUUGGAGUCAUUGCAGCUAAAGGUGGCACAAUCAGUUAUUGAGUGUAAGGGGGCAAUUACUUUUUCACACAGGGGCAUUGGGUGUUGCGUAACUUUGUUUAUGAAAUAAGUAUUUAAUUGUUGUUAUUUGUUCACUCAGGUUCCCUUUAUCUAAUAUUAGGUUUUGGUUGAAGAUCUGAUAACAUUCAGUAUAAAACAUAUGCGAAAGUAGAGAAUCAGAAAGGGGGUAAAUACUUUUUCACAGCACUGUAUGUGUGUGUAUGAGAGCGAGUGUAUCCAUCUGUCACAGAUGUCUAUCUGGUUUCCCAGGUGGGAUCAGAGUGUACCACUGUGCUAUACAACUUCAUGUGCAACAGCUCCUGUAUGGGAGGGAUGAACCGCAGACCCAUCCUCACCAUCAUCACCCUGGAGACACAGGAGUGAGUAUCAUCUAAUAAUCCAUUUUCGACUGUUGCUCCAUUGACUGAUUUGUGAUCUCUGGCUCCCUCUACCUGCCCGUGUCUCUCCUCUGCAGGGUUUUGUCUCAGUUCCAUUUAAAUUCAGAGUCAUUGUUGCUUUUCUAAGAAUGACCAUUUUAAUUUCACUGAAUUAAAAUGGAAUUGACCCCAACCCUGGUCCUGGGUUGACCCCAACCAAUGUCAUGUCAUGGUAUGACAGUGAUGGGAACUUCCUCUCCCGUCCUGCAGGGGGCAACUCCUGGGCCGGCGCUCCUUUGAGGUGCGUGUGUGUGCCUGUCCUGGUCGAGACAGGAAGACAGAGGAGAUCAACCUGAAGAAGCAGCAGGAGACAAUCCUGGAGACCAAGACCAAGCCUGCCCAGGGAACCAAACGCUGUAAUAGAUCCUGGCAAUCUUAAAGCGGUGUCCAUGGGGUUGGGAGGUUGGGAAUAACAUAAGAUGGCAAAAAGAAAGAUGUCAGAUUCACAUUGGACAAUAAAGUUGAAUUCCUCUAUUCUGUGGCUGAUAAAGGUUGACAUUGACCUAUGACCCUGAGUGUGAGCAGUUCCUCAUCAUGUGUGUCAUGUUUGUGUUCUUCUCAGCUGUGAAGGAGGCCUCCCUGCCUGCCCCUCGGCCUGAAGUCAGUAAGAAGACCAAGUCCUCCUCCCCUGCUGUGAGUGACGAUGAGAUCUACACUCUUCAGGUAACUACUCAGAGGACAGACCAACAGCAAUUUAUUAUCAUGUCUCGUCCCCUUCAGAGAUGCCUAGUCACUAGUCUGCUGUUGGCUGUUUGUGUAACUGGGCUCGUCUGCCCCUCCAGAUCCGAGGGAAGGAGAAAUAUGAGAUGCUGAAGAAGCUCAAUGACUGUCUUGAACUGAGUGAGUUGGUGCCUGCUGCCGACGCUGACAAAUACCGUCAGAAACGGUGA